AUGAUUGCAGUGAAAGAGGAGAGUCAAGAUGAAGUGGACGAGAAACAUCAGAUUGUAAAAAUAAACCAUAAUGUUUCACAGAAAGAAACUCUGAAAACAGAAGACAUAAAGUGUGAAAAUAGUUUCAGUGAAGAUGAACGCCCUGAAGAUCACAAGAAGACUCACAGUGAAGAGAAACCUUUCACAUGUCAACAGUGUGGAAAGAGUUUCAGAAGAAAAGAUAACCUUAAAACACACAUGAGGAAUCACAGUGAGGAGAAACCUUUCACAUGUCAACAGUGUGGAAAGAAUUUCAGAAGAAAAGAGAACCUUAACAUACAUGCAAGGAUUCAUACUGGAGAGAAACCAUUCACAUGCCAACAGUGUGGAAAGAGUUUCACCUUUAAAUCGAACCUUAACCGCCACAUGAAAGCUCAUAGUGAGGAAAAGCCACACGCAUGCCAUCACUGUGACAAGAGUUUUUCAGAUACAAGUAAUCUUAAGAUACACAUGAGGACUCACACUGGAGAGAAACCAUACACUUGUCAUCUGUGUGGAAAGAGUUUCAGAGUUGAAAGUAUCCUUAAGAUUCAUGCAAGAAUUCACACUGGAGAGAAACCGUUCACAUGCCAUGAGUGUGGAAAAUGUUUCAGAAGUAAGAAUUGCCUUACAGCACACAUGACAAUUCACAAAGGAGAAAAACCUCAUGCAUGUCUUCAGUGUGGAAAGUGUUUCAGUGUGGAGCGUCAACUUAAGAGACACAUGAUAAAUCACAGUGAAAAGAAACCUCACGCAUGUCUUCAGUGUGAAAAGAGUUACAUAAAUAAACGUGGACUUGAGACUCACAUGAGAAGUCACACUGGAGAGAAACCUUACAUAUGUCUUCAGUGUGGAAAGAGUUACACAAUGGAAGUUAAUCUUAAGACACACAUGACAGUUCACACUGGAGAGAGACCGUUCACAUGUCUUCAGUGUGAAAAGAGUUUCAUCGAUAAACGUGGACUUAAAACUCACAUGAUCACUCACACUAAAGAGAAACCUUUCACAUGCCAUGAGUGUAAAAAGAGUUUCAAAACAAAAGCCAACCUUAAAAAACACGCAAGAUUUCACACUCAAUAGAAACCAUUCAUGUGUAAACAGUGUGGAUAUGGCAACAAAGUUUAUAAAUCAGCUGAGGUCUUAUUAAUAAAACUGUGCGUAGGAUCCUUACUUAAAGAGCCACACAGAUCCAAAAUCAAAACUGACCUGUAUUGCAGUGUUUCAUGUAGCUGUCCAUCAAUGUAAACAAUGUGCAAAGUAGUUGAACCAAAAAAAGUGCACGAUUAAUAAAGUUAUUGGCAUCUAAAGUAGGGAGUCGACUCUGAAUCUCUGAAACGAGUCGUCAUAUGGAAUGAAUCUCCUGACUGACUUUAUCCACAUAAUACGUAAUAACGUAAUGGUUCAGUACCCACUUUAUUUUAAACAACAUGGGUCUCCUAACCAUAACCUCUAAGUAUGAUUAUAGCUAAUGAUGAAUAAUGUGUAUUGAUGUUUAAACACUUAAUAUACUGUCAGAGAGUCAUGUUAGCAAGCGGCUAACACAUGCUGCACGUUUUGCUAUAACCCGGUUAGCUUACAUUAAUGCUUUAAUGAGUGUAAAAACGUGUCGUCGUUUUUUUUUUGCUUGGAAGAACGAUGGAUGAUGUGUAUUGAUGUUGAUAAUGUCUUCUCAGUAAAUCAUGUUAGCACGAGGUCAAUACAUGUUGCACUAUUCUGUGCCACUGAUCUGUGUGAAGACUGUGUCAGUUGACCAAUCAGAGCAGAGUAGGCUACUGAAAGGUGGGGUUUAGGCUAGGGCUGGGUCAGAAUAUUUGAUUUUUCAAAUUUUUGUUCGGUGGCAUUCGAUUUUUAAUUUUAAGAUUUGAAUGUCCUAUUUGUCUCAACAUUAUUAGCUGCAGAGACCACCAAGCAGGAAGUGCACUUUACUCUCCUGCUCUACAGGUGGUGGUGUGGCGCUGAUAACCUGGCUUGCAACUGCCACCAAACCCCACAAGAAGAAGAUCGUGCUCGUGUUGGCUAGAGGCUUGACCGCAUUAACGCUUAAUAAUUGUCAAAUACAUUACAUUCAAGAUGCCAGUAUCUCACCAGGAGUCACAAGGAUUACAUCUGCUUUUGAGUUCUCAAAGUUGCGGAUCUAUUGACUUGCAUUAAAUGACAGAGCACUGGGAUUUUUGCUGUGCUGCUUUAUUUUUCUACUGAUGAAAAAAGUCACCAACAUGUUGGAUAGCCUGAUGGUCAGUAAAUAAACUUGAUAU